AUGGAAAUCCCCACGCAACGCGAUUGCUUCCCCCUCCUGAGACUCCCUAAUGAGGUUCUGCACAUGAUCAUGGAGAAAGCCUCUGAACGAGCGCCGCCGACGAACAGCUAUCGAAAUGAAAAUGAAGCGGUACUCCCUUACUACGGUGAUCUUGUUUCUCUGGCGCUGGUGUGUUUCAGGCUCAAUGCGGCUGCGACCGAGGCCCUUUAUUCUUGUAUAUGCAUCUACGCAGACGAAUAUCGUGAUACUGAUCGCCGCGCCGCCCGGCUUUCUACUUGCAGACCAGUCUCACUUCUGCAUCGGACAUUGCGAGAGAAUGUGCAACUUCGCCGAUACUGCAAUCGCUUCAUUUUUGUCCACAGACGAAAUCGGCAAACGGGCGACCCUGUGGAACCCGAAUUCCUCAGCCCCCCCUUGGGCCUUGGGGUACCACAUCAGAGGUCUAUUCCUUGGCCAAAAGAGUUUGCUUCGAUUAUCCUGGACUGUACAAAUUGGCUUUUCAACACUCGGGUCUUGACCAUUUCUGGGCAUGCAUUUGGCACUUGGCUCCCGGAGAUUGAUAUCACUUACCGUCUACUGUCCUGCGGAAGAAUGAGCAUGCCACGGGUGGAGUGCAUCGAGAUUCUCAACGACAUAUCAUACCAUCGCGAUGUUCUGACUCUAUAUGAUAUCCAGCUGGCGUUGAGUGGCGGCUUCUUGAACCUCAAGCAUUUGACGAUUCGUCAUCGUGUUCGCAAACCCUCGAAUUCACGUAGAAGCAAUGCUCUCGGGAAUCUUCCCAUUUACAAUCCAUGUUCUCGGUUUUCUCUUUCCAGUCUCACUCUCAUUAACUCGGCCGAUCAUCCCGACUUGGUGAGAAAUUUUGUGACAUGGCUGAAAGGCCUCAAGCACUUCACUCUGCGAUGGGACUCCGGAUUUAGGUUUGGAAGCAAAAGAGACCCCCAGUGGAGUCUAGCCUUGGUUGGAGAUAUCCUAAAACCUCACCGAGACUCCAUCAAAUCCAUCAAACUUGGCAUGAUGUCCCAACCUGGCAUAGGCGACUUUGACGCCUCGAACUUUCCCAACCUCGAGACUUUGACUAUGCAUCACAGGGAUCUUAGAGGCAUCAUUAUCUCGACCUGCCCGCAGCUUCAAGCAGCGAGGUUGCACGACGUGGUCAUCACCACGGAUAAUAUCGAGGAAGAAAUGUUUUACAAUGCUUGA